AUGGAAGCAUUCACAUCAAUAAGCUUCCGCCAUUCGUUUAGGGUUUCUUUUCAUAGUUCUUUGUCUUCUUACUUGAGAGAACGUAUUGCGGCAAUUACUGUUGUCUCAUUCUUGUCUUUUCUCCGUAAGCAAGAAAAACAGACGACCAUAUAUAUAUAUAUAUAUAUAUAUAUAUAUAUAUAUANCCAACCACCAUGGGAGAUAUUUGGAGCUAAUUCUGAUCAUCCCGAAGAGAAGGUUCGCUAUUUUUUUACUCGGUUGAAGAAACAGAAGAGCGAACAUACAAGGGUUCGUCGAACUUGCGCCAACGGGACAUGGAAAGGCCAAACCGGUAUUUUUCCUAUCAAGAAUGGUAAGGGAACUGUGGUUGGGUUUAGAAGAAGUUUCAAGUUCCAAAGUAAUACUAAAGAAAGAGAGAACAAUAAAAUUUGGCUGAUGAAAGAAUAUUUCGUGGGGGAUGAUUUCUUUAGAGAAAACAACAUUCCUAAAGAGGAUAUUGUAGUGUGCCGAAUCAAGAAGAAUACAAGAUCAGAGAAAAAUCAUGGGGUAAAUAUGGAGGAACAAGAUGUUGCCAACGUGAUCGGAGCUAUGUUGCAUGGACCUGAUGAAGAUUACUGCGCAACAGUACAACCAGCAAUAGUUUGUCAAGCAGCUGAACAUCAAGUUAUGGACGAGGCUCAGAAGAUGAACGAACAUAACAAUAGCAGCUAUAUUAAUGACUGCUCCAACUACCAAGAAGAGAUCAAUUGGGCUGAUGAUGUGCUCGUAGAUAUUGACGAUUUUGUUGAUAUAAUUUGCUGUUGAUCUUCAGAAUCUUGAAUAAUAAAUGGUGGAACCAGAACGCAGGGAAGGAGAGAGCAGCAAUCAGUUUACAACUUUAUUGAAUGAAGUUUACUCAAUAGAACUUAGAGAAAAGUAGAGCUUCUAGGUAAUUGUAGUGUCUCAUCGGAACAAACUUCUUAAGAGAAGCUUGCCAGAAGAUUUUACUUGUAUUCAUGUAUAUGUAGUAUCACUUAAUAAUUUUGCCACGAUUUUGCCUAUAUUAUUCUUGUAGUGUAUCUUGUUGGUUUCGCUGAAAACAGUUAUCUUUUGUUGUUUCGAUUGCGAGACUCAGUAGUAAAGAUAGGAAACGUAUCUGCGCUUUGAGUGAGAAAAAUAUAUCUUACUUUCCCACAUACACACGACACCAUCUUACUACAGUUUUUUAAAUUUUUUUUUGAACACCUAACAAUUUGACCCCUGAUAAGUACCAUACAGUUCUUUCUACAUCAUUGCUCGUGAUAUCGCAAUGAAUCUCUAUUAAUUAACUUACAUGUUGUAAAGGAUUUCAUCCAUCAAGCUAUAUGCCCUCUGAUUUAAUUUACAUGUACAAUAUCUGGAUUUCUUGUCACGUUCUUACUGGAGUAGGCAAAUUUUCUAGAUCUAACAAGCAUUCUAGUGUUGGUGUUGUGGAGGAACUGUUUGAGAGGGAUCUGUGCUUGUCGAAAGGUACGAUUUAUACAGAUUUAUUUUAGUGCAAUUCAACCAACACAAUCAAACUUAAAAUUGACAUUGCAUUAUCAUUUUGAUACAUAGGUGUUAUGAGUGUGUACCAUGUAAGCUUUUUUGACUAUUGCAUUUAGUACGUACGCUACAUCUGUUGAUCAAAGUUCCGAGGAAGUAGUUUUGUUUCUUUUCAUUUGACCAUGUGUUUGUAGAAUUUCAUGAGGACUUAGAGCACUUUUAUUUUUUGUCUUCCUGCAGAAGUUUCGACUAAUGGUUUCAGCUCAUUUAUGAAACUUAUCUGCUGAUUGGAAUUAUCUUUUAUUUGUUCUAAUCAUGGUGUGUAAACAUGUGAAGUUUGGUUGAGUAGCUGGUUCCAAAUUGAACUUCCAUGUAAAAGAAAUUGAUGCUGGUCUGCAAAUGGCAAGAGGCUUCUAUUUUGGAAGUAUUGUUGUUGAUUAUAGGUAAGAUGGCUUUGCUAGUUUAUAGAUGAAAUUGUAUGAAGAAGAAGAGAAAUCAAGAAGAGUAGAUGCAGAAAGAAGAGAGAUCAGAGAGAAGACAGAAUGAAGAAGAAGAAGAAGAAGAAGAUUGAAUCAGAAAGGAAAUAUUAUUCUGUUAUUCAGUAUGUGUGUAUACACGUAUGUAUAUAUAAUACACUUGUCCAACUAACUUAACUACCUACUAGAUUCCUAUUGGUGGAGUAUAAUAAAAUGACUAACCUACCCUUUAAAGACUUAUGUAACACCUUUCUCAACACUCCCCUCAAGCUAGGAAGUGCAAAAUAUUAAAAUUCUAGCUUGAACAUACCUAGUAUAAUCUCACAAGUGGAGUUUGGAGAGGGUUGUAUGUAUGUAGUCU